AUGGCCAACAACCGGAAUACGAACCGCUACUCGGUCACCGCGUUGUACAGCAUGGCCGCAGAGCAGGACGUCGAGGUAGAGGACGACUUGGCGCGAGCGCAAAAGCGGCUGCGUGAACUCAAAGGCCGCAUCUCGACGCAGUCCAAGAAGAACUUUGUGCUGGAACGCGACGUACGUUAUCUAGAUAGCCGGAUCGCCCUGCUCAUUGCAAACAGGAUGGCAUUGGACGAGCAAUCAGAAGUCGCGUCAACGCUCGAGGAGACCGAAGCUACAUUCGGCAACGCGCUGGACGACCGCAAGACGCAGCAAUACGCCAACUUGUUUUUCCUGCUGCAGUCCGAGCCGCGGCACAUCGCCGCGCUGUGCCGCCUGGUCAGCCUGGCGGAGAUCGACACGCUGCUGCAGACGGUCAUGUUCACGCUGUACGGAAACCAGUACGAGAGCCGGGAGGAGCACCUGCUGCUCACUAUGUUCCAGUCGGUACUAUCAGCGCAGUUCGAGACGGCGACUGAGUUCGGCUCUCUGUUGCGCGCUAACACGCCAGUGUCGCGCAUGAUGACGACCUACACGCGCCGCGGUCCCGGGCAGAGCUUCCUCAAAGAGGUCCUCGCGGAGCGGAUCAACAGCCUGAUCGAGCACAAGGACCUCAACCUUGAGGUGAACCCGCUUAAGGUGUACGAGCAAAUGAUUGGCCAGAUAGAAGAGGACACGGGCUCGCUCCCGCCGAAUCUCCCGCGCGGAGUCCCGCCCGAGGUAGCGCAGGAGAACCCAGACGUACAGGCGAUCAUCGCGCCGCGCCUGACGAUGCUGAUGGAGAUUGCGAACAGCUUCCUACUGACGAUCAUCAACUCGAUCGAGCGGGUGCCGUAUGGGAUCCGGUGGAUCUGCAAGCAGAUCCGCUCGCUGACCAAGCGCAAAUACCCCGACGCGACAGAUUUCGCUAUCUGUUCGCUCAUCGGCGGCUUCUUCUUCCUACGCUUCAUCAACCCUGCCAUCGUUACACCGCAGGCGUACAUGCUCGUCGACGGCCCGCCCGCCAAGCACCCGCGGCGGACGCUGACGCUGAUCGCCAAGAUGCUGCAGAAUCUCGCCAACAAGCCUUCGUACGCUAAAGAACAGUACAUGAUGUCGCUCAACCCGUUUGUUGAGAACAACAAGACGCGCAUCAAUGCCUUCCUCAACGCGCUCUGCGACGUCGGCGACUUCUACGACACGCUCGAGAUGGACCAGUACAUGGCGCUCUCCAAGAAGGACCUGCAGAUAUCUAUCACGCUAAACGAGCUGUACAACACACAUUCGCUCGUCGCGCAGCACCUCGACGUUCUCGCGCCUGGCGACAAGCACCACUUGCGCAUCCUCGUCGACGAGCUCGGCCCCUCGCCGGGCCAGGUGUCGCGCAAGGAGAACCGCACGGUUGAGUUACCGCUGUUCAGCCGCUGGGAGACACCGAUCCAGGACCUGACGACCGCGUUCAUGUCGGAGAACAACGUGACGCAGAAUGAUAUACUCUACAUGGAGACCAAGUCGAUCUUUGUCCAGCUGAUCCGCUCUAUUCCGCAACUCGCCGACAAGCGACCGAUCAACCUGCCGCAGAUCGCCGAGCGCGCUGCGACGACCAAGGACGCAACGCUCGUCCGCAAGGGCAUCAAGGUCAAGGAGAUGCUGCGCGAGCUCGAGGAGCUCAAGGUCGUCGACCGCCGCGACGGCUACGCGCUCAUGACCGACGAGGUCGAGGCCGAGCUGGCGCACCUUGGCAACAUGCGCGAGAAGGUGAUGGAGGAGAUGCGCAGCCUCGAGAGUGUCUUCAAGACUAUCUGCGAGCACAACAACUAUCUCCGCAGCCAGCUCGACACGUACAAGAGCUACCUGCAGAACGUCCGCAUGACCAGCGGCUCCGGCAAGGACAAAGGCGGCACCGCUGUCGGCGUAGUCAGCUUUGGGGGCAAGGAGCGAAAGUCGGCAAAGUCCCAAGUCCUAGGGCCGUACCGCUUCACGCACGCCCAGCUCGAGAAGGACGGCACCAUCGUGGAGAGCAACGUGCCAGAAAACAGGCGCGCCAACAUUUUCUUCAACAUCACCUCGCCGUCACCGGGCACGUUCAUCAUCGCGCUGCACUACAAGGGCCGAGAGAAGGCGAUCCUCGAGAUGGACCUCAAGCUGGACGACCUGCUCGAGAAGCAGAAGGACGAGGUACAGUUGCUCGACCUCGAAUACGUCAAGCUCAACGUCAGCCGCAUUCUCUCGCUCCUCAAUAAGACGUUUUCCAAGCGCAAGGGUUAG